AAAAUCAACAUGAACAAAAACAAGUCACUUAGUAGAUAUCUAAAGUGCGAAAAUGGCAGUUCAGCUAAAGAAAUUUGAAAUACUCCUUACAGUUUUUCUUUGCACUUUUCUACAAAUCGAAGGCCAAUGCAACGACUGCUCCACUGCGACGCAAAUAGCGUGUGUUUCAGAGACGCAGUAUCAAAUAUGUGCGAAUAAUGUAGCUACGGGAUCUAUAAAUUCCUGCCCGCCGGAUUACAUUUGCUCGACAGCCUCGACAGUGACAUGCCAACCCCGAUCAUCGAACAUUGCGCCAACCUGUGGUAGUUGUAAUGUUUGUGAUGCAACUCAGACGUUUGCUUGUACAGGUCGUAAUACCUAUGCCCUGUGUCUGGGCACAAAUACCCCCUCAACGAGCGCUAUUGGUGAUUGUGGGCCAGAUUUAUUGUGCAACAUCAAUUUACCACAAAUGUGCGGCAAUGCCACGGAUGGGAUUUCACCAACCUGUUCGUCGAAUGAUAACAACGUAAAUUGUUGUGGAUCGAUAACAAUUUCCGAAUACGCCAAAAGGUAUUGCCAGAUGUUGCAAAUAAAUAGUAGAUUUCCCGUUCCUGCAGAAGUUGAUAGUACAUACCAGAACUACAUAUACUGCUUCCUCACGCCUAGUGGUACCUGGUCUGGACAAGUAUAUACCUGUGCUGGUAGUACUUAUUUCGAUCAAUAUUCCAAAUAUUGUGUAGCCAAGAAACCAACAGAGUGUUAAGAUGGAUUGAAAAAUCAAUUUUUUUUCCAUAAAAUG